UUUAAACUGUUCAAGGUGACAUAGCAUUCACGCGUCAAUCAUCAUACCAUGAAGUCUACAGUCUUCUUGUAUACUGCGUCUUUCAUUCUGUAUGUUGCAGUUGACUCUGUGACAGCUUGUAUUGAUGGAGAAUUCAUGAGGGACCCAUCAUCCUGUGACCACUUCUACAAGUGCGACCAUGGACAACCAGUCAAGUUCUCUUGUGGACCAGGAACAUGGUUUAACCCGAAGAUAAACGUAUGUGAUUGGCCCUACAACGUCAAGUGUGACGUCAAUAAUCAAAAUGGCAAACCAACUGACAACUAUCAAUACAACGAUAACAUUGGUGGGAACACCCCAAAUAACAAUAACUAUGGGGGACAGAACGGCCAGAAUAAAAAACCUUCGAAUCAAGGUCAAAAUCACCCUGACCAAGAUAGUGGAUACCUGAAUCCUUCCGAUGAAGGGUAUCUUUGGCCAAUUCAGGGUAAUGAUCAAAAUUAUAACGGUGGAGGAUCUGGGAAUGGAGAAAACAGACCAAGACCUACAAUAGAUGAUUUGUAUAACAGUAACAAUAGGCCGUAUCAAGACUAUAUUGGAAACAAUCGUGUUUAAAGUAUUUAUAUACAUAAAGAGAUAUACAAUAAUUAGGUGAUUCCCUACUUUUUUAUUGUUAAAACGUAACACCAAAUAUAUUUUUACCAAGCCACCUCCACUCCGUCAAAAAACAUAAUAACUUUGAAUAAAUUGGAAGUAUGAUAUAAGUUACUUCAUAAAUGCAUUUGAGGUACUAGUAAUUAUCCGUUAAAGGCAUGUAAUUAUGUAGUUUAUUUUAUAAGUUUCUAUUGUUUGUAACAUAGUUUACAGCAUUAUGCUAAACUCUGGAAAACCUCUCUAAUUUAGAGUAUAUAUUUGACGAUUGUCCUUUUGAAUCAAAGUUUAAAUUGCAGAUGGAUCAAUGUCCCAGAGUUAUAUGAAAUUUCCUCUUGAUCAUGCACGAAAAAUAAAUAUUGUGAUUGACUUUAAGUUUGUCAUUAUUAUUUUUUAUGAAUUGUUUAUACAGGACAGUUCCUCUUGAUUGAUAAUAGGACCUAUAAAAAUCCUUUGUGAUUUUGGUAUGAAAGCAAUGACAUCAAAAUUCGAAUCAUCAAUGGUUAAUUUUACAAUAAAGUAAGACUCAGUAACAUUAUUGUUACAGUAGUGAAGCUAUUUUAACGUGUACCUUUUAUGCUGACCAACUAAAAAUUAAUUUAAUCCAAAGUUUAUUUAAGUGCGUAUAUACAGUACAUUUAAACAAUGCUUCGAUUGAUAAUGCAUAUAUUUAAUAAACAAAAGAAUAUUUUAUCAUUAUAUCACAAGAAUUUCAGAUCCGAGUAGUAUAUGAAGAUAAUUCUUGAGAUACGAGGAUAAUAGAUUAAUUCCACACAAAAGCUCGCCCUGAGAGAUGUCUUAUAGAUAUGUCUUAAGUUAAUUAGCAGCCUGGCCUGCAGGAAAUUUAUGUUGUAGCGUAGCACUUUGUAUAAUAGACUUGAGGGAACGAAAUAGUUUGCACAUGAAGUACUUUUAAGACAACAUAUAAAAGGAAAAAACCAAAUAACUAUCACUUGAUGUCCCUGAAACAUUUAUUCUGAAUCUAUAACUGACUAUUGAUUUACUAUAUACAACUCUUAAACUCACGAUAAUAUUGUUACAAAAGAUAGCCACAAAUGUUACGUCCUAUUAGAAAUAUUAUUAAAGGAAAUAUUCUAACA